GGUACUGUGGUUGGAAAUACCAACAUAUCACGCUCUGUCCUAUCUACUUUGGACUGAAUACACUGGACGAAAAGUUCGACCUCAUAGAAAGCGAAUUGGCUAAUGGUGAAACUAAACAUGCAGCCCAUGCGGAAUGGCAGAUGAAUACCGGCCAGUAUCUUCUCCACGAGAUGAUGCAUCUGGAGAUUAUUGGCCAGCCCAAGAGUGAGCGCAACUUUGAAUCCAUGUUUUGGAGUGUAUUUCUAAUCAGACUCUACAACUAGUCAUCGACCACCACGUGGAAGAAACCGAGACUGGCCGCUGGGUAUACGGCCCAGCAAUGGUUCACAAGCUUGCUCAACGACCCCUGAAUCAGGGCGGGGGAGGCCAACAAUCGAGCACCAACUCGGAUAGCUGCACGUGGCUAGCCAACAGCCUCUACUUCUAUCAAGUCACCAACUACUUUCCACAACCUCUAGGUUAUAAAGAUCUAAGCGCUAUUGACAGACUGAGCUCCGGCCAACUUGCGCAAAUGGAGACCGUCUUUCCUGUCAACUUAGGUCACAUGAACUUCAGCGAGGCGACCUGGACAUCUCAAGAGUCAGCCUUACGGUUCGAUGUAGCGUUGGAGGGGAUGAAGAACCCGCCUCCGGCCAUUUCCACGCCACCUCCCGGCGAUAUUCCCAGUCCCAAUUGUGCCUACGAAGGUCCAGGAUUUGCACAGUCACUAGCUGAAACACAUAUCCAUGACUUCUGCAGCAACGAGGGGUAUUGGGACAAAGUCAUUGUUUCUCCCAUCUCCCUUGGGCUUGAACAGACAAGCGAUGGCCGCCAGAAGCUAGCGGGUGUUGCUCAGGGGUACGCCAUGGACAGCACGAACAAGCUAUGGUUAGGGCUCAUGUUUUCUCGCACUUCAUGUACUGGAUCUUUUCAAUUCGGCCUCGGAACGACCAGCGGCGAGAAACGAGACCACUGUAAGAUUCGCCUUCGAACGAUCUUGAAUGGCUGCGGAACGGAUACCGUCACUGCUAAGAAAGGGGGCACACUGGCUGACGGAUGCCGAGUAUAUGGUGUGUUCGCCGGGAAGACUGAUCCUUUCGAUGAGUGAUAUACGGAUGAGGGGGUGUUGGAGUGCGAAGACAUAGCUGCGACUGAGGAGAGCCCUCUGUGGGACUGUGGAUACCU